AUGUUUGCACGUCACAUUUCCAAACCAUUGGUUAGAUCAAUUCGUACUUAUGCGACUGAAACCGUAGUACCACCAAGACCCAAGAAAGUUGGAGUAUUCAGAGGUGGAUUUAUUGGAUUCUUAUUGGGCGUCACAGUCACUGGAGGUGCUUCAUACUACUACUUAUUGGAACAAUACAAUACAGCCAAUACAGUUGUUGCUGCCGACAUAAUUGCAUUACAAGCUUCUAUCAACAAUUUGGAAAGACAUGUAAAGUCGCUUGAGCAAAGGAAAUAA